GAGUUGCGGCUGCCACUGGGAGGGGUAGGGGGUUGCUAAACUCAGGGCUCGGGAAGGAGUGACGUCAGGGUGAGUGGGAGCCGAGGAAGAAGCGAGUAGGAGAGAGGGAACGAGACAGACAGAGAGAGAGAGGAGCUGCGAGUCGGGUCGAGUGAAAUUUGAGGGCAAGAAGAAGAGAGGAAGGAGGAAGGCAAGAGAGAACCGCCACUGAGGAAGACAGGCUGCGGGUUCCUGGGGCCGCAGGUCCAGGCGGGGUAGGAACCGCUGUCCAGGGAGGCUAGGAGAAAGGAGGGAGGAGAAGAGAACGAAAAGGAGGGAGGUGGAGGAAGAGAAAAGAGAGAGGGGGGAGAUUGAGGGUGGAAAGAGGAGGCAGAGGGAGAGAGAGGAAACUGCUGGAAGGAGAAAGAAGGGAGAGGCUUGAGGAGAGAGAGGAGAAAGGGAUCAGAAAAAGAAGAGGUAGGAGAGUGGUGAGAUAGAAGGAAAGAGGGAAUGGAGGGCUAGAGGUACAUGAAGAAGGGAAAAGAGAAAUACAAAGUAAAUCCAAGACCUCGCAAGGAGAGAAAGAUGAGAGCGGGGAUGUGGAAGGGAAACAGCCCAGGGGGGAACCAGGGAGCAGCCAUGGAAGGAACUGGGGGAGAAAUAGGGGGACAGGGGAACUGGGGUCUGGAAGAUGCUCCAGGUCUCUUGGCCAAGGCCUCCUUGCCUCUGAUGCUCCCGUGGCCACUGCCACUGGUUUCCUCAGCCAUUACCUUGCUUCUUGGGGCCCUCACUUCCCUUUUCCUCUGGUACUGCUACCGCCUGGGCUCCCAAGACAUGCAGGCCCUGGGGGCUGAGAGCCAGUCUGGAGGUGUCAGUGGUGGGCCUGGAGGAUGCUCUGAGUCUGGCAGGCCAAGUCUAAGGGGCUCUGGAGAGCCAGGAGAAGGACCCAGGACAGAAGGCCUAGUGAGCCGUCGGCUUCGGGCCUAUGCCAGGCGUUACUCCUGGGCUGGGAUGGGUAGGGUGAGGCGGGCAGCACAAGGUGGUCCAAGCCCCAGCGGAGGGCCAGGGGUCCUGGGCAUUCAGCGCCCAGGCCUGCUUUUCCUGCCAGACCUGCCUUCAGUCCCCUUUGUGCCACGGGAUGCCCAGCGGCAUGAUGUGGAACUCCUGGAGAGCAGCUUUCCUGCCAUUUUGCGGGACUUUGGGGCUGUGAGCUGGGACUUCUCAGGGACUACCCCUCUGCCUCGGGGCUGGUCCCCACCCUUGGCCCCUGGGUGCUACCAGCUCCUGCUGUACCAAGCAGGCCGGUGCCAACCCAGCAACUGCCGCCGGUGCCCAGGGGCCUAUCGGGCACUGAGGGGGCUGCGGAGCUUUAUGAGCGCCAACACCUUCGGGAAUGCUGGCUUUUCUGUCCUUAUGCCUGGGGCCAGGCUUGAGGGCCGCUGUGGGCCCACCAAUGCGAGGGUCAGAUGCCACCUUGGCCUGAAGAUCCCCCCUGGCUGUGAGCUCGUGGUUGGUGGUGAACCCCAGUGCUGGGCUGAGGGGCACUGUCUACUGGUGGACGACUCCUUUCUGUAUACAGUGGCUCAUAAUGGCUCUCCUGAAGAUGGGCCUCGAGUGGUCUUCAUAGUGGAUCUCUGGCACCCCAACGUGGCUGGGGCAGAACGCCAGGCCCUCGACUUUGUCUUCGCGCCAGACUCUUGAUGUUAGGUGCUCUCUUCAGACCACCUGGGCUGGAGAGAUGCUGCACUCAGGGACGGCUUAAGCAGCACCCAGGAUCUCCUCUCCACUGCAGCAGGGUGGGCAGGAGUGAUGGUGGGAACUGUACAGUGAACACUGAAAUAUAAAUUUGGAAUCCUCUCCUAA